CUUUCCGGUGUGAACUUGACUCGGCUCACAUCUUGGUUCAAUCUUGAGCGGUAUUGACUGAUGAGUGCAGUGUUGUGGACUCGGUCUUUCUUUACCGUUGAUAUUUCCAGUUUCAUUCAGUGCUUCUACGGAACAUUUUCGCCAGACGUGAAACGCUUCCCGUUGCAAGAUGUCUGUGGCCGGGCUGAAGAAACAGUUCCACAAAGCCAGUCAGCUACUCAGUGAAAAGAUCAGUGGGGCAGAGGGGACAAAACUGGAUGAAGACUUCAUGGAGAUGGAGAGGAAAAUUGAGGUGACCAACAAGUCAGUGUUUGACCUCUUGUCCAAAACAACAGAGUACCUCCAGCCUAAUCCAGCCUCUCGAGCCAAACUAAACAUGCUGAACACAGUGUCUAAGAUCCGAGGACAGGUGAAGACCACUGGCUACCCUCAGACUGAAGGCCUGCUGGGAGACUGCAUGCUGCGCUACGGUCAUGAACUGGGAGAAGACUCUGUCUUUGGCUGUGCUCUACUGGAUAUGGGUGAGGCCAUGAGGCAGAUGGCAGAUGUGAAGGACUCCCUGGACAUAAAUGUCAAACAGAACUUUAUUGACCCCCUGCAGAAUCUACAGGACAAGGACCUCAAAGAGAUCACGCACCACCUGAAGAAACUGGAGGGCCGCCGGUUAGACUUUGACUAUAAAAAGAAGCGUCAGGGGAAGAUCCCAGAUGAGGAGAUCCGGCAGGCUGUGGAGAAGUUUGAGGAGAGCAAAGAGCUGGCUGAGAGAAGCAUGUUCAACUUCUUGGAGAAUGAUGUGGAGCAGGUGAGCCAGCUGUCAGCACUGAUCGAGGCGGCCUUAGAGUACCACCGGCAGUCAAGUGAAAUCCUGGAGGAGCUAAGCAGAAAGCUGCAGAAGAGGAUAUCCACAGCCAGCAGCCGGCCCAAGAGAGAGUUCAAACCAAAGUCCAUAAGGAGCAGCAUCGAGACUCUGGACAACAGUCAGCACAAUGGCCUGUCCUACAGCAACUCUCUCAAAUCCACCGAUAUCCAGAUCAACCACACAGUCAGUGGGAAAACUGAUCAUAUAACCUCUGUACCACUGUCAUGGCCUGAAAACCCCCCUACCAAUGGCAAUCUUCACCAGUCAGAGGUGUUGGAUCAACCAUGCUGUCGCUCGCUCUAUGACUUUGAGCCAGAGAAUGAAGGCGAGCUAGGCUUCAAAGAGGGCGAUAUCAUCAUCCUCACCAACCAGAUAGAUGAGAACUGGUAUGAAGGCAUGAUCAAUGGUGAAUCCGGCUUCUUUCCCAUCAACUACGUAGAGGUCAUUGUCCCCCUGCCUCAGUGAAGACCAGUACCCCAUGUCCUUCAGACACUCCCUCCUGCCUCAUCACACUUAGCCUAUGUCCUCAGCUUGACUUGGGCCUGAAAAUAUACAGCACCGGAUAACCCUGAAGCUGAAGAAAAUAUUUUGUCUUCUGAUUUCCAAACUGAGUCAGAGAGGUGGUAGAUUGGUCAAAUGUUGAUCAAAUGUCACAGAUUUUUUUCUGUUGAUGUUUCUGAACCUGAAACCAACUGAAGUCCAAGCCAUUAAAUGCGACACUCUACGUGGCUGGAUCCUUUGUGUCCUCUGGGUCUGACCAAGGUGAAAAUGCCAAGCAGCCAUCAAACUCUGUAAUCUAUCCUGUCAGUCUGUCAGAUGAGCUGCUUCCUGUUUAUCCUGAUAUAAGUUUUUAUUGAGCUAUCUGCCUGCCCUUGCUCCCUCACUAUAAAAUGAGGCUCCUUACCUUUGUUUGAAAUGCACCGUUGGAUGUCAUGAUUGCAUUGUUCGACCACUACAAUGAAAUUAUGUGUUUCCAUUUGUAUUGUAGUCACAUUAGGAACAUUACAUACUUUUCAGCAUAUUUUUUUUAUCCUGUUAAAUUGUUACCCCCAAAAAAUGUUAGAGGGUUUGUGUUUGCAUCGUGAAUCCCUUCAAAGUGAUGGCUUGAACUGUCAUGGACCUCUUGCAUCAGGCUGGUCAUGUAUUAGUUCGCCAAGAAGCUAACAUAAUGAUCAGCUUGAUGUAUAAAGGGUUGGUUCAAACAACUGUCACCUAUCAUCUAGCUAUGGAGAUUGGUUUUCUUUGUUCAGGUUUUGAGGUAUUUGGCUCUGAGGUUUGUGCCUCCUCCCACAUACAUUGGAAGAAAAAGGAAUUUCAUUUGUGGUGCUCACAGCACUGAUCGAAGACUUGGUAAAGAAAUUCAAAAAUUCAAGACAUGAUCAAGAAAAUGGGAUUUGUUUUAAGCCACACACUUUAAAAAAGACAAGACUUUGUGCAUUGAAGGCCAGCCUUUACUUUAAAAAAACAUCACAUUUCCACAGAUUUUGUUUUUUGUUGUUUGUAAAAGCAUUUUAUGUUCUUUGUUAUCAUCCAAACACAAGCCUCAUUUCUGUAAGUGUUAAUGUUGCCUUCUGACAUCUGACCAGAGUUCAAGGAUAAUUCCACUUUGUUCCAACUUUGUUCUUGUUUUUGUAGUUUUGCCAUCAUGUAGCUAACUAACUUGUACUCAUUCAAGUUAUCUGCUGAGAUUGGGAACAUGGUGACAAUGCCUAAAAUAAGUCUGAUGCGUUAAGCAAACAAUCAGUCAGACAAUAAGAUUAGGUUUUAAAGCUGCCCUAAUCAGCCUCUUUAUAUCAACAAUUGGCCAAAUGACUGCUUUUAUGGGAAAAGUGUUGCUUGUAGUGAUAAACUCACAGAAAAUCAGCUUCAGCUCUACAGAGCAUUAAAGCAUCUUUUUGCCCAUGGUUUUGGUAGUACAGCCUACAACUUCACUAUUGUGGUUUGGUCUCACAGCUUUUACCAGCUUGUUUCUGGCAGCAGCAGUUGUUUUCAAUGAAAAAGUUUUGAUAAACCCACUAUAUGCCCUGCACCAAACAGUAGACAGACACAGUAAGCUGGUAAUAAUAGUGGCACUUAUUAAGCCAGAUAUUUCCUUCUAGAGUUGAUAGAGACCAAAGACUGAGCUAAAAGAUGGGGAAUUUUAUGCCAAUUUGAAGCACUGUUAUUUUUGCUGAGCAACAGCAACAGCGGCCUCUGCAGCCGCAAGUGCUAAUUACACGGUUCAAUUCUGUUGGGUUCUAAGUCGUAGGGCAGAGGUGACAGUUCAAGCCACUGCAACAAGCAGUUAGUGAGUUACCCAAUAUGUGAAUAUGUUGCACUGGUGUUACAAUGGUGUCAGAGUGUUACACGCUUCUAGCAGGACAUCGUACCCAUUUAACCCAAGUUAUGUGCACUAGCAGGGUGGGAGUGAAAGAGUUGCCAUUCUCCUUGUUACAAGUCAGUGUACCAUCAAAAUGAUAUUGAAACUGUUAAGGUAAAAUAUUGGCGUAAUAUUGCUUUAAUUAAUAGAGAAGACCAAAAUUAUGAAAACAACACCCACAGAAUUAGACAUAUGAACAUUUAAUCAAUGUUGGUUUUAGCUCAGUGGCUCUUCCUGUCCACACAAACACUAUAUUGCUACUUAUUUUAGACAUGUUUUUAUUUUAUUUAUUUUUUCAUUUUGUUUUAUUUUAUGUGAAACAAGCCACAGCCCUUGGACAGAGAUCACAACUAAUCACAAACUUUAUGUCACCAGUGUCUGAAAGCCUGACAUUCCACAGUAUGUGAUGCAUAUUAGUACUCUGUUAGACUCUGCCUGUGUUCAGGUUGGCCUGUCUUGUGUUGUAACUCUUUCUGUUCACCUGUUCUCUUCUCUUUCCCCAAACUGACUUUGCCUGUUUGCCUGCUGUGCUCUUAGAAAACAUUUUUAUGACUGUGAGGAACUGAAGUGAUCUCCAUCUCUUUGAAUGUCCCUCUCUCUCUGUUUACAUGCUGACUUAUUGUGACAUAAUGCAAGGAUUAUAGCACCCGUUCUGCAUCAGAUAGGGGUGAAUGCCUUGUCACUCUGAAACCAUAUGAAAGUGCUUUUUGAAAUGUUGUCUGUAUUGCACUGAAGCUUUAGAAUCUAGCUAUCACAUGUUUAUGGACAUGCACCAUUUUUGUUAAUGUUUAGUUUUUUCACUUCCACAGCAUUGCACUUUGUGGUACAACAGGGUUAAAAUCACUAUCAUAUCAGAUAUAUAUGUGAGGUCAAAUUGGUAGAUACUAAGAUUUGUAUAAUCACGGAUGUUCUUUGUACACUGUAAUCAAUCCACUGUAUCAUUUGUCAUGUAGAUUGGAAAAAUGGUUUUCUCAUCUUAAAUCAGACAUAUAUAGUCGGUGGAAGUAGAUGAUGCUGUUACCUUGUGAAAGUCAUUCCAGCUGUCUUAUUAGCUAGUGAUAAGACAUAGAUAAGUAAAGACCUGCAGUUAUUGUGUGGCCAUGCUGAUAAAGCUGUUCAUUUAAGAUGUCCCAUCAUGCUUUGGGCCUGUGCUAGCCUGACAAGCAGCAGUUGUCUCUCCUGACAAUAGAUGUAGGAUGGUCAGUUUAAUGCCAGCAUUUAUUUACCUCAUUUGCAGAGAAAACUAAGUCUUUAUUUCAAAGCUUUAUUUCUACUAUCCCCUGUUUUAUAGAUUUAUUUUAUCGAAGUUGAGUGAGAAGCCUCCCUGUUUUCCGAUCUGCUCCUGUUAUAAUUUAGCGUUGAUGCAAGUUCAAAAACACCCUACAGAGCUGCUGUAACAGGCUGCCACGCCACUGGCGCCAUCUUGAUCCAGUGCUUACCUGUAGACUUCAUUUAUACAGGAUAAUCAACAUUUCAACAUACAAUACUGUUUCAUUAAUUAUCCCAGUUCUUUCUGCUCUGUGUUUAAAGGGCACAGAGUUGUGAAAUUGGAGGAGCUAUUAAAAAAAGUCUGUACAAAAGAUUUAGAAAGCCUUUGUAUAUAAAAACAUAAGGUAAACUGCAACUUACAUUCUGCAGCUUAAAUCACUUUACCUUUCAAUUCUGGCUUGGUUCAGGGCCAAUACACACUACAACGUUGUGUUUAGAGUAAAACUGCAACAACGACAGCAAAUUUAGUACAAUUCACGCUUCUGCCUGACUACCUGCAUAUAGUAAUGGCAGCUGAGGUUCACAGGUAUUAUAGUAUUCAGAGCUGUACACCAUGCCCAAAUGACAGACAAAACAGGAUUUCUCAGAAGCGAAGUUCAAAUAAAUAAACAUGGUGGUUAUAAUGUAAACCUAUAGGAGCGCUGUAUUAUCCCUGAGAGUUUAGUGUGUCAGUGUUAAAUAACACGGAAGAAAAAAACACUUUCUCAAACAUGGGCUCCUCCCACUUUGCAAUUGUAUAAUUUCUGCUUUUUCUGGUUGACCUUUUGCUUGAAAUAUUUGAAGAAAGUGUUGAUUUUCAGUAAUUUAACAGUACUCAAAAAAUAGCAAAGCAGACGUGACUGGGAUUAAUUAGUGAAUGACAACAGUAUUUAUGCUAAAAAAAGAGAGUUUCAGCAGAGUAAUGAGUAUGACAUCACUCUGCUGUUUUACUGAUGAUAUAUUGCUGUAGAAAUAUAAAUUAUUUCCCACACAAAUUACCAGUAUAUAUUUAAAUCUACUCCACUUUAAUGUUCAGCCUCUUUAGUGACCAGCCUUUAUUUAUUCAAUUAUUCUUUGAAUACCUGCUUUUAGUUGAGAAUUUAUGGUUCUCAGAAAUGUUCUCAAGGCAUUUCCACAAAGAUUUUUUAAUGUGCAUUUCCUUAGUUUCGUUUUAUCCAAAAAGAUAAUCUGAAAAGACAAAACCCCAGACCUAAACUCAGGUUUGGGUAGUUGUCCCAGUAUGUACCUAAUGGACUACAUUCUUAUUCUACAUUAUAUAGCAUCAUCUUUUAAUAUAUGUGGACCAACUCAGCUUUUAUUCAAUAGAGAGAACAUAAAUAAAAUGUAUUGGAUACUUACUGUUAGCUUGCAAUUGCUUAGAUGUUAAACAUGUUGCAUGAUAUUUUUUUUUCUAUAACAAUCUUUUUAAAGAUUAUAAUUAUAAUAAUUAUAAUCUUUUUAAAGAUUGUUAUCAUGGAUUUUGGAUACUGGGGAGCUCUUAGCACAAAGUGCUGUCUGCAACACAGUCACAAUACAUGACAGAAAGGAAUGCCUAUCAGAUGGAUUAAUCCUGCAUUCAGUCUCCAGAAAACAUUGUAAACAUUGUAGGAAGGUUUUUUAGAUGAUUACAAUUCAGUUGAGGAAAUGGUUUUAGAAAUGCAGCUAUCAUCAAACAAGUGGAACCAACCUUACUAACUUAUUAACUUAAAUUUUAAGUGUUUACCUUUGUUUUACAGAUUGAACACUGUAGCCUGUUUUAAACUGUAAUUAUUCUGCAGUUAGCCCUGCUGUAUGACUAACGUCUGGAUACACUAAAGCAAGAUCUCUCUCUCAACACUGUACCUCUGUUUACCUUUGCAGUUCACAAAAGUCUCUCCUCAAUAUUCAUUUACAACCAGCUUCUAGGAAAGAAAGAAAACUGUGCAGUUCUGUGUUUUAUUUUUUCAGUAGCAUAAUUUAUGCAAAAGGUGUUUUAUAGAUGUUGUAAAUUAAUAUAUUAAUAAAUAUAUUGCAUAAAUAAAUGACAAGGAAA